UUUAAAGAUGAACGAGAGCGUCUGAAGAUGUGAAAGAAUUGCUCAGUUUAGAGAGUUGUGUUUCUUGGCUAACAACAUCUGGCCAGAGGUUUAGAUUGAGCAAGCAAGAAACAGCACUGCAAGCAGCUUUGGCUUCCACAUUACUGACGGAUUCGGAAGAUGGCAUAGCACAAAAACUGCUGCUUUAUACAGUUAAAAACGAGCCCUGCGGGAAUGUGAACACAUUUGUGUGUGUAGCAAGAACAUUAAGACUCCUAACCAAGCCCCAAAGUUUUAGAAGAAUACCGACGUAUACUUACUCCAGCUUGCUCCUGUUUGUGUAAAGGGUCUUUUCAUAUGCAAAGGAAGGGGGAGGGGAGCAGACAGCACAAUCAACACAAUGACAAGCCAAAAACACAGUGAGGUGCAAACAAGUCAGAAGACCACACGUUGCCGAAAUCCGUUUAAUAACAUUAAGAUUUUCGUCCUUUGCCAUGGAUUUCUGCAGUUAUCUCAGCUCCUUCUCUCUGGUUAUCUUAAAAGCUCCAUUUCAACAAUUGAGAAGCGUUUUGGAUUAUCGAGCCAGACAUCAGGAAUUCUCGCUUCCUUUAAUGAGAUUGGAAACACAGUGCUAAUUGUGUUUGUCAGUUACUUUGGCUGCCGGGUGCAUCGGCCGCGCUUUAUUGGCUUUGGUGCGCUAAUUGUCAGCACCGCUGGAAUUUUCAUGUGUCUGCCUCACUUUAUCAUGGGGCCCUAUGAGUAUGACAAAUCCUUUGCAAGUUUUUCCAACAAUAUUACAGAUAUCUGUCAGCCCAAAAGACCAACCAUAAGUCUCAGCGAUGAACAGUGUAUGACAAACAUCAACAAACAAGAUAGCAACGUCCUUUCCCUACUGUUCAUGGGGCAGAUUCUGCUUGGAAUAGGUGGCGUGCCCAUUCAGCCGUUUGGAAUCUCUUAUAUUGAUGAUUUUGCCAGCAAACGUAACUCUCCACUCUAUAUAGGAAUCCUCUUUGCUGUGACUUUAAUGGGCCCAGGCCUGGGAUUUAUUCUGGGGUCAGCAAUGCUGCGCUAUUAUGUUGACAUUGACAAGAUACCCUCAGAUGAGAUUGUUCUCACUCUUAAAGACCCACGCUGGAUAGGGGCUUGGUGGUUGGGAUUUAUAGUAGCAUCAAGUCUAGCGGCCAUAGCAGCUAUACCAUAUUUCUUCUUUCCUAAAGAAAUGCCAAAAGAGGAUGCUGAUGAAAAACAAGUAGAGUCCAAACCAAGUCUCCUUAAUGAGUUUAAAGAUAAUUUGGCUCCCAAAGAAACCUUAUCCUUGUCGAAAUUCAUAAAAGUGUUUCCGCAUGUUUUGCUCAGAACUUUAAAGAGUCCUAUUUUCAUGCUGGUAGUUUUGGCACAGUCUUGCAUGUCUGCAAUGGUUUGUGGGCUAGCUACAUUCAUGGCUAAGUUUCUAGAAAGACAAUUCUCUGUUACUGCCUCAUUUGCCAACCUGUUAAUAGGAUCAGUUAACAUCCCUGGUGCCAUGGCUGGCAUUGUGGUCGGGGGGAUUAUCAUGAAGAAAUUCCACCUAACUCCAAAGCAAUGUGGAGCAUUGUGUGUUAUGGGAUUAACACUCUGCGUUGCAGUAGCAUUUCCUCUGCUUUUCCUUGGAUGUUCAACACAGAAGUUUGCAAGCCCACAAAAUGACUACCAUGGGAGUUCCGGGAUAUGGCAAAAUGUCACCAAUUGCAGCAACAAAUGCAGCUGCUCUGAGACAGCUUUCAACCCUAUCUGUGGUUCUGAUGGGACAGAGUACAUUUCCCCCUGCUUUGCUGGCUGUGAACAAGUCAAUUUUGAUCAAAAAGAUAACAAUGUUCAGAAUUACACAAGGUGCAGCUGUAUCCAUUCUCCUGGGUCUGAGAGCUCAGCAACUCCUGGGUCCUGUGGAACCGGGUGCUAUAAUCUGUUCCUGCCCUUCGUCAUCCUAUCCUGCCUUGCAGGGACCCUAGCCAGCAUCUCCCAGACACCGUCAUUUAUGUUAAUACUCAGGAAUGUCCAGCCAUCAGACAAAUCUCUCGCCAUUGGAAUACAGUUCAUGCUUCUGAGAAUACUGGCUUGGCUCCCUGGCCCUGUAAUGUUCGGCAGUGUGAUUGACAGCACGUGCGUUCUCUGGGGGAAGAAAUGUGGAAAGAAAGCUGCCUGCCAAUAUUAUGACAAUAAUCUUUUUCGACAAAGAUUCAUUGGCUUACAGCUUCUCUUUAAAGUCGGAGCUUUCAUAUUUUUCCUAGCUACUUUCUUUGUCUUACGAUACAAAGAGAAGAAGAAUGUAGGUCAACAGGAGAUAGAAAAUAUUCAAGAAAUACACAAACUUACUGAAAAAAGUCCUGGCUGUUGAAGUAUCUAAUAUUCGUCAGACUGAUGAAAAUAUAAAUGAACUAAAAAAGGGAGACAAAACAAAGAAGAGUGACUUCCAUAUAUGUGAUAUGGCAACAUAUGAAAUGUUUUGUCCCCUUAGAUAAAGGUUAUACUAAUUGUUCUGCUUUCUGCUGUAAGUCUCCAAGAAAUGGUAAAAAAUACUAAAAGGGGCACAGGUUGGUGCAGUAACUUGAAGUUACAUGGAUGUCUGAGUCAUAAAAUUUACACUCAAGUGAGCAAUUUGUGACAAUUUAAAAUGUCACUACCUUUUUUAAACAAAUAUAUAUUCUUCUUCCUUUUGUUGGACUUAUGUAGGGUUGCCACCCGUCCCUUAAAAUACAGAACACUUAUAAGUUACACAUGCUGCAGGGUGUGCAGGGAGGAAUAUGAAUAGUGCUGUCCAGAAAGACAAUACAUGUUCCUCCCUGCACACCCUGCAGCAUGUGUAACUCAUAAGUGUCCAGGAAAACAUGGCUGAGGUGGCAACCCUAGACUUAUGAUGUGUCUGAUCUGCGGAAUCCUGUCAACUUCAAAUAUUGUUGCUAUGACGAACUGUCUUGUGAGGCAAACCAUAGAUACAAAUAUAUUUUUACAUUUAUAAAAAAAUAUAUAUAUAAUAGAUUAAUGAUAUACACAUACAGUCAUCAAACUCAUUAAACCUGUGUUUCACAACCUGUGUGUGUGAGCACAGGUGAAAUAAUCAAUUCCUUUACAAUUUACCUGUGCUCCUGGGCCGUUGAAUAUAGGUUAGUUUCUUUAUGCACUAAUACAGGGGUGGGCAAUUAUCGGUCCUCCAGAUGUUAUGGACUACAUCUCCCAUAAUGCUUUUUCUGACAUAUUGUUGGCAAAGCAUCAUGGGAGAUGUAGUCCAUAAUAUCUGGAGGGCCAAUAAUUGCCCACCCCUGCACUAAUAUGUCUGAAUAGUAAUUAUAUGUUUUGUAACUUACAUAUGGUUCUUUUUUGUUGAGUAUUCUUAAGGAAUAUUACUGGUAAAGACUAGGGCAAACUCAAGGAAAUCCUAACCAAAACUAACUAACUAUCUAACUAACUAACUAACUAACUAACUAUCUAACUAACUAUCUAACGAACUAACUAUCUAACUAACUAUCUAACUAACUAUCUAACUAACUAACUAACUACUUAACUAACUAACUAUCUAAUUAACUAACUAACUAUCUAACUAACUAUCUAACUAACUAACUAAUUAACUAACUAUCUAAUUAUCUAUCUAACUAACUAACUAACUAUCUAACUAACUAACUAACUAUCUAACUAUCUAACUACCUAACUAUCUAACUAUCUAAUUAUCUAACUAACUAUCUAACUAACUAACUAACUAACUAACUAACUAUCUAACUAACUAACAAACUAAUUAUCUAACUAUCUAACUAUCUAACUAACUAUCUAACUAACUAACUAACUAUCCAACUAACUAACAAACUAACUAUCUAACUAUCUAACUAUCUAACUAACUAUCUAACUAACUAACUAUCUAACUAUCUAACUAACUAUCUAACUAUCUAACUACCUAACUAUCUAACUAUCUAAUUAUCUAACUAUCUAACUAACUAACUAUCUAACUAUCUAACUAACUAACAAACUAACUAUCUAACUAUCUAACUAUCUAACUAUCUAUCUAUCUAACUAACUAACUAACUAUCUAACUAUCUAACUAACUAACUAACUAACUAACUAACUAUCAAACUAACUAACUAUCUAACUAACUAACUAACUAUCUAUCUAUCUAUCUAUCUAUCUAUCUAUCUAUCUAUCUAUCUAUCUAUCUAUCUAUCUAACUAACUAUCUAUCUAACUAACUAACUAGCUAACUAACUAACUAACUAACUAAAUACAUAAUAAACAAAUACAAAUAAAGCUUUAAACCAUAUCCCUCUAUUAGCCAAACACUUAACACUACCCAGUAGUUUGCUCGUUGGGAUGGUACCAUCUCAGGCAGAGUUUACGUAUUUGCCGAAAAUCAUCAGGUGUAAAACAAUAAAAAUAGCUCUUUACAAAC